AUGUCCUCUACAUUGUUUGAUGAUAUAUUUAACGUUGAAUCUACAGAUUCGGCAAGAUACGAUCGUGUAACCAGAAUAGUUGCGAACUCGACUUCUUCGCCAGACACCAGAAUAACUCUUGAUAUCAACCAUGAACUUUUCCCAGUUAGUGAGAAUGAUACAUUAACUAUUACAUUAGCUAAAUCUUUAAAUAUAGAUGACUCAAGUGCAAUGGAUACAGAUGACUUGGUGGGAGCUAAUGGUUCAUGGAGACCACCAAAGCCUGACCAAGUAUCUCUAAUGAAUGAUUACGAUUAUGUGAUGCACGGCACUGUUUACAAAUUCGAAGAGGGUAAAGACGACAAAAUUUCCGUAUUUUGUUCAUUUGGAGGGUUGAUUAUGUGUUUAGAAGGUAAUUACAGAAAUCUUGUUGGCCUGAAGCAGGAAAAUUUGUACAUUUUAAUGAGAAAAUGA